CCUGAGGGGAAACCCAUCAAGCCCGAGCAAGAUGGCGACGCUCUCCGUCUUGCAGGCUUCGCUGGCCGACGCUGCCGGAGGAUUCAGCUUCCACAACUGCGCCCGGUCAGUGGCGGCCGCGGGGGGAGAGCGGGGGAGGCGGCGUGGGGGCCCGGCGGGGCGGCUCCGAGGCCUAGCGAGGCCCUCACGCGGGUGGGAGAGAAAGGGCUCUUCUGAAACAACAACGGUAAUAAGUAACGCGCGCGCCGGUGCUGCUGCGGUUUCCUCAUGGAUCUUCCUUAGCGGUCUUCUUAUUCGCCUGAUCGCUUAAGCCGCCUUGGGAUCCGCGGAUGCUUCGUUCUUUCCCCGGAGGGGGGGUCGGGGGCCCCCCUCGGAAGUGGCUGAGCCAGACCUCCAAGGGCCGCCCAUGGGGUGAGCGGGCUGGGGGGACCUUGCCUCUCCCCGCCCUUUAUCUCAAAGAGAGAAGGAAGGGCUGUCGCUUCGUCACUAUCCACCUCUUGGAAAGCUUAAACCUGCGGGUUUCUUAACCUCGAAUGGAUUUCUUUCCUCCUCAGUAACUAGGCAGCUGCCAGAGGGUGAAAAUAGCGCUCAGGUUCUUUGCUUGGGGGGGGGGGCGGGGAAACGGGAAUAAUAAAAAUAAUUUUUAUUUAAACCCCACCCUCUCCAGCCAAAACUGGACUCAGAGCAAGCAACAUCAAAUGUAUAACACAUUAACAUAAAAUCAAUCAAUUAAAAUGCAUCCUCAAAUCAGAUCAAGAUCAGAAUAAAAUCCAAUCAGAUGGCAACCCGCAGAUUAGGGCUGGGGACCUUAAAUGCUCACCAGGCCCAACUAUUUGUGCUGUUUGUGUUUGUAUGGGCCUGUGAGAAAAAUUGGGAAGCCGCUUUCAUGCAAGUGCUUAUGAAAGGGGAGGGGGAGUCAGGCUGAACCCUGACCAAAGGCCUGGCUGAACAGCUCCAUCUUGCGGGCCCUGCGGAAAGAUGUCAGAUCCACCUUUUUAUCCUGCUGGGCGGCUCAGUUGCUUAGAGCCUGAUGUUGAUAAUCCCAAAUUUGCCCAGUUGCAGGUUCGAGCCCUGCAUGGGACGGCUUCGUAUUCCUGCCUUGCAGGGAGCUGGACUAGGACUAGGUGAUUCUUCGGGUCCCUUCCAACACUGCGGUGCUAUGAAUCCCAUUUUUUUCCAAAUCGUAGCUCCUCCCAUAGGAGCAAACGGUUGCUAGUUCCCCCACCCCCAAUUAUAGCGGGGGGGGGGGGUAGUGGUGGUGGUGGUAGAAGAGAAUUGCAGGGGUGGGGGGAGCGUGAGGGUUGUUGUUUUUGCUCCAAACUGCUUGUGUGUGCGCUGAAAUGCGGGUCUGCAUAAAAGGCGGAUCUACACGGAUCCUCAUGGAUCCUCCACUUUUUAAAAAAUAAUUCCAACAAAUGCAGUGUCAAAUCACACCUAGAAGGCACGCCUACAAACUGGACUAUAAAAAACGUGGAUCCAACACUUUACCGCGCUGCAGCACCACAAAAACAUGGAUCCGAGGCACGGAUCCUCAUGAAUUCAUAUGAUUUUUAUAUUGAAACAAAAUAAAAACACCAUGAUACUGUAGACCACAUCUUAGUCGGUAGGAGGAACCAAAAAAAUCACGCAUCCACUGUUUCGUGGUGCCGCAAUGGCGCAAAAACAUGGUUAAAAACACGGAUCCUCAUGAAUCCUCAUGAUUUUUGCACUAGAUCAGCCCAAACUCACUUUCAAAUUACACAUCAUGUCCAGGGGCACAGCAUCCACCACAGAAAUCACGGAUCCAUGGCUUCCUGGCCAUACCAUGGCCCAAAAACGUGGUUUUCAAGAACGGAUCCUCAUGGAUCCUCACACUUUUUGCAUUGGGCCAACCCAAACUCAUCGUCAAAUCACACAUCAUAGCCAGGGGCACAGCCUACACCACAAAAAACUCGGAUCCACGCCUGCGUGGCCACGCCCUGGCCCAAAACGUGGUUCCGAAGCACGGAUCCUCAUGAAUCCUCAUGAUUUUUGCACUAGAUCAGCCCAAAGUCACCAUCAGAUCAAACAUCAUGGCCAGCAGCACAGCAUGCAACACAAAAAUCACGGAUCCACGGCUUCCUGACCAUACCGUGGCCCAAAAACGUGGUUUUGAAGCACGGAUCCUCAUGGGUCCUCAUGCUUUUUGCAUUGGGCCACCCCAAACUCACUGUCAAAUCACACAUCAUUCCCAGGGGCAGAGCCUGCACCACAGAAAACUCGGAUCCACGGCUUCCUGGCCACUCCAUGGCCCAAAAACGUGGUUCCGAAGCUCGGAUCCUCAUGGAUCCUCACGCUUUUUGCACUAGAUCAGCCCAAACUCACUGUCAAAUCACACAUCAUAGCCAGGGGCACAGCUUACACCACAAAAAACUCGGAUCCACGGCUUCCUGGCCACUCCAUGGCCCAAAAACGUGGUUUUGAAGCACGGAUCCUCGUGGAUCCUCACGCUUUUUGCACUAGAUUAGCACAAAGUCACUGUCAAAUCACACACCAUGUCCAGGGGCACAGCUUACACCACAAAAAAAUCAGAUCCACGGCUUCCUGGCCACUUCAUGGCCCAAAAACGUGGUUUUGAAGCACGGAUCCUCGUGGAUCCUCACGCUUUUUGCACUAGAUUAGCACAAAGUCACUGUCAAAUCACACACCAUGUCCAGGGGCACAGCUUACACCACAAAAAUCAGAUCCACGGCUUCCUGGCCACUUCAUGGCCCAAAACGUGGUUUUGAAGCACGGAUCCUCGUGGAUCCUCACGCUUUUUGCACUAGAUUAGCACAAAGUCACUGUCAAAUCACACACCAUGUCCAGGGGCACAGCUUACACCACAAAAAACUCGGAUCCACGGCUUCCUGGCCACUCCAUGGCCCAAAAACGUGGUUUUGAAGCACGGAUCCUCGUGGAUCCUCACGCUUUUUGCACUAGAUUAGCACAAAGUCACUGUCAAAUCACACACCAUGUCCAGGGGCACAGCUUACACCACAAAAAACUCGGAUCCACGGCUUCCUGGCCACUCCAUGGCCCAAAAACGUGGUUUUGAAGGUCGGAUCCUCACGGAUCCUCACGCUUUUUGCAUUGGGCCAACCCAAACUCACUGUCAAAUCACAUAUCAUACCCAGGGGCACAGACUACACCACAGAAAUCACGGAUCCACGGCUUCCUGGCCAUACCAUGGCCCAAAAACUUGGUUUUCAAGAACGGAUCCUCAUGGAUCCUCACACUUUUUGCAUUGGGCCAACCCAAACUCACCGUCAAAUCACACAUCAUAGCCAGGGGCAUAGCCUACACCACAAAAAACUGAGAUCCGCGGCUUCCUGGCCACUCCAUGGCCCAAAAACGUGGUUUUGAAUCACAGAUCCCCACCGAUCCUCACGCUUUUUGCAUUGGGCCAACCCAAACUCACUGUCAAAUCACACUUCAUGUCCAGGGGCACAGCCUGCACCACAAAAAACUCAGAUCCAUGGCUUCCUGGCCACUCCAUGGCCCAAAAACGUGGUUUUGAAUCACAGAUCCCCACCGAUCCUCACGCUUUUUGCAUUGGGCCAACCCAAACUCACUGUCAAAUCACACUUCAUGUCCAGGGGCACAGCCUGCACCACAAAAAACUCAGAUCCAUGGCUUCCUGGCAACACCAUGGACCAAAAACGUGGUUUUGAAGGUCGGAUCCUCACGGAUCCUAACGCUUUUUUCAUUGGGCCAACCAAAACUCAACAGCAAAUCACAUAUCAUACCCAGGGGUACAGCCUGCACCACAAAAAACUCGGAUCCACGGCUUCCUGGCCACUCCGUAGCCCAAAAACGUGGUUUUGAAGCACGGAUCCUCGUGGAUCCUCACACUUUUUGCAUUGGGCCAGCCCAAACUCACCGUCAAAUCCCACAUCAUGGCCAGGGGCACAGCCUGCACCACAAAAAUCACGGAUCCAUGGCUUCCUGGCCACUCCGUGGCCCAAAAACGUGGUUUUGAAUCACGGAUCCUCAUGGAUCCUUACGCUUUUUGCAUUGGGCCAACCCAAACUCACCGUCAGAUCACAUGCCAUAGCCAAGGGCACAGCCUGCACCACAAAAAUCAUGAGUUGUACUACAAAAAUCACAAAAAUGCCCUUACCUGCACUGUUAAUGUCACCACUGCAAUAUUAUUAUUAGAGCCGAUAGGAGAAUAUAUGACUACCGUAUUUUUUGCUCUAUAGGACACAUUUUUUACCCUUCAAAAAUUAAGGGGAAAUGUGUGUGCGUCCUAUGGAGCGAAUGCAGGCUCCUUGGCUUCAGCGAUAGCAACACGAAGCCUCCGAAGCGCAGAGGGAGCGCUCCCUCCGCGCUCCAGAGGCUACGCGUUGUCUUCGCUGAAGCCUGGAGAGCGAGAGGGGUUGGUGGUUGCUGAACAACUCCAGGCAUGCCUGGAGGAUGCAGACAAUUUGGAUCCCUUCCAAUUGGGAUUCAGGUCUCAUCAUGGGACUGAAACUGCCUUGGUCGCGCUGGUUGAUGAUCUCCGGUGGGCUAGGGACAAAGGUGAGAGCUGUUUCCUAGUUCUGCUGGAUCUCUCAGCGGCUUUUGAUACAAUCGAUCAUAACAUCCUUCUGGACCGUCUAGAGGAGCUGGGAGCUGAGGGUACUGUCAUACAGUGGUUUCUCUCCUUCCUCCUGGACUGUGUCCAGAAAGUGGUGGUGGGGGAUGAGUGUUCAGACUUACUUGUGGGGUGCCUCGGGGUUCCGUCCUCCCCUCCAUGCUUUUAAUAUCUACAUGAAGCUGCUGGGAGAGAUCAUCAGGGGGUUUGGGCGUGGUGUCCAUCAAUAUGCGGAUGAUACCCAGCUCUACCUCUCUUUCAACUCAGAACCAGUGAAGGCGGUGAAGGUCCUGUGUGAGUGCUUGGAGGCGGUUGGAGGAUGGAUGGCAGCUAAUGGAUUGAAGUUGAAUCCUGACAAUAUGGAAGUUCUGUUCUUGGGGGACGGGGUGGGCUGGUGUGAAGGACUCCCUGGUCCUGAAUGGGGUAACUGUGCCCCUGAAGGACCAGGUGCGCAGCCUGGGAGUCAGCUAGUCUGGUGACUGGGAGUGGCCACCAAGACCAUAUAACACAUGUCCUGAAAGACUUACAUUGGCUCCCAGUACAUUUCCGAGCACAAUGCGAAGUUUUGGUGCUGAACUUUAAAGCCCUAAAUGGCCUUGGCCCAGUAGACCUGAAGGAGCAUCUCCACGCCCAUCAUUCUGCCCAGACACUGAUGUUCAGCACCAAGGGCCUUCUGGUGGUUCCCUCACUGCGAGAAGCAAAGCGACAAGGAACCAGGCAGAGGGCCUUCUUGGUAGUGGCGCCCGCCCUGUGGAAUGUCCUCCCAUUAGAUGUCACAAGAGAUAAACAACUACCUGACAUUUAGAAGACAUCUGACCGCAGCCCUGUUUAGGGACGUUUUUAAUGUGUGACUUUUUAAUGUAGUUUUAUUUCAUUUUUUUGGAAGCCACCCAGAGUGGCUGGGGAAACCCAGCCAGAUGGGCAGGGUACAAAUAUAGUAGUAGUAGUAGUAGUAGUAGUAGUAGUAGUAGUAGUACUUUGUAGGAUUUGAUAAUCUUUAUAGGUCUUUUAAAUUUCUAAUCUAUCUAUCUAUCUAUCUAUCCCCUCCCCCUUUUCCCUUUCUGUACUUCCCUAUCCUUAUAAAAUUGAAUAUAUAUAUAUAUUUAAAAUUUACGGCUCCACAGUUUUCUGGGUCGCCCCAUAUUCAUUACCCAACCACCUAUGCUGCUCAUGGCCAGAUCACUUUGGGGCACUGCCAUGCUGUAAAAAGAUUCUCAUGAAGCACAGAUCCCCAUGGAUCCUUAGGUUUUUUAUGUUUGGUCACCCUGAAAUCACUAUCAAAUCACACAUGAUGUAUAUGACCACAGAAUGAACCACAAAAACCACAGAGCACAGCCAAGGAACAAACACUAUAUUAAAUACUUUAAUCCUCAUGGAUCGGCAUGAUUGUUAAAUGGACUCCACCAAAUUAUAUUGUAAGAUCACACCAAUGUCCAUGGAAUGACCGAAAUACAAACGCUAUCUGAAAUGGUUCUGCAUUAGCAAGAACAUUGUAUUAAAAUGACAUUCAUAUUCAUAGCUUCCACUGUGAAGAACUGCACCUGGAAAUUUUUGACGCUGCUAAACCUCAAGAAUAUCCAAGGCAGAGAUUGUGAUGAUCUUACCUGUGAAUGUAAAUUAUCAAACCAACUAGAUGGAUUGAACCACUCUGUGAUUGAUGCAACAACAUCCUUCUUAGCUUGUCUGUAUGGGAUGGAUUCAAAAUAUCCCUACAGUUUUGUGGCUGGUCAUUUUUUGCACCAACUGAUAUACCCAGGCAAGGUAAUUCCAGUGACUACGGUCCUUUCACAUGUACCAUUGCCCAUCUGAUUGCUUCUGCUGCCCAAUUACAGUUCAUACAAAAGGAUAUGGCUGCCAUUAGACCCUGGAUUGCAAAAAGAAUACCGUAAUACAGCACUGUGGUAAAACCUAUUCUGAAGGACAAGACAAAUAUUUUCAAGUGGAAAUUGAUGCUGUUCCUCCCAAGAAGAGACAAAUCUUGAACGAGAGUUACAUUACUGUGUUUCAAUCAUGCCCAGAGGGAUGGAAGGAUACACUAACCUAUUGCUCAGAUAUUUUACCUUCCUUGUUUGAAGGCUGCUGGUCACUAUGUUUCUUGAAGGAAGGGUGCAGGAGGCCCAGUGGUGACCUAACUAUGGUUUACUGUGAAGGAAACUGCAAGGACUGGUACUACUGCUUUCGCAUAGGCAUUGAUUCAAAAGAUCUUCCAGAGGUUUUCGUGUGUCCAGACUGUCAAUCCACUGUGGCCAAAUAGAUUUUGAAACUGCGAACUGUCAUAUUCCACAGGUUGGUAUAAUACAGCAAAAUCCAAACAUAUAGUUUUCAUCAUCAUAGCAGGGAUGGUCCUUUUCCAUAGAAUUAUUAUUUAUGGAGUUAGUUUUUACAUCCUGCUUUUCUCUACUUGAAGGAGUCUCAAAGUGGCUAAAAAUCUCCUUUCCCUUCCACCCCCACAACAGACACCUUGUGAGGUAGGUGGGGCUGAGAGAGUUCAGAGAGAAGUGUGACUGGCCCAAGGUCACCCAGCAGCCUGCAUGUGGAGGAGCGGGGAGCGAACCCAGCUCACCAGAUUAGAGUCCACCGCUCUUAACCACUACACCACAGAAACAUAUCUCUUAAAACUCUGGAGCAAGCUGUUCAGUUCAGCCUCAUAGUGAUACUGAUUUGUGGAGGGAAGGUUGGUGAUGAGCAAGAUCUGUUCCCAUUUCCCAACACAGAGACCACAGAGCAGUUUCUUUUGGGGGCUGAACCUGCAGAGUGUUUCUGUUCAGAAUUUCUGUGGCAAAAAUUGGCUAAGUGCCUUUAUAAACAUUCAGCUUCUCAAAUCGAACCCCAUCAUGAAACUUUCAGGUGUAGCUGCUGGAGGUGGAGGGCAGAGAAGGUGCUAUUCCUUACCUCCCUCCUCCCAACCCCAUGAUCAGUUGCCCAAUGGGCUGAAUUUCAGGGCUUUUGCAUGUAAAGGGCAAGCUUGUUCUUUACUUGUUUAGAUCUUUAAACUUGGGAACAGAUAUUUGGCUCCAUGACCAAAAUGGUCAGCUUCUAGAGGACUGGAAAGAUCAUGAUUGUACUUCCCUACCCUCAGCCCUAACCCCGUUGAGUAUUUUUGUUAUGAGACUGAGUGUUUGGGGCUGAUGCUAUAGCAUUCUUGUCUGGGGGCUUGAUGGAAAAACAGAAAAGUGACCCUCACCUAACUCUCCAAUGCCCUUCAACGAGAAUGCUGUAGGAAAUAUUGCUAAGCCCAAAGGGAGGCAAGAAUUUGCUUCAGCUCACCUUGUUAAUGGCAGAGCAAAAGCUAUGUGUGUGUCAUUCUCAAUCAGUCUACUUUCAGGACUGAUUUUAGAACCCUCUUGUCAGGGAACUGACAUCAGAGCGAGAGGCGAAGGGGAGGCUCUCUGAUGAUGUGGGAGAAGGACCCAGCAGCAGAGGGAGAAACAGCCCAGUAGAGGGGGAAGCUAAUCAGCGCAACACCAGGGAUAGAGGGGGGCAGAUGGGGGAAUCGGAGAGAGGGCUCCAGGAUUCUUCACUGGACAUCAGUGAGGAGAGCCCAGGUCCUCCGCUGCCCACGCCCUCCCUGCGCAGGAGGCUCCCGCGCAGUGAGAGGAGGAGGAGACUGGGUGUCAAACAACUUUUAUGUUGGAAGAGGUUCAAGAAACGCCCACUGACGGAUUCUGCCAGCGAUUGAGGCAGCCCACGAUGAGAAGGGGCUGUGCAGUCAGAGAGGUUUUACAAGGCAAAUCAGCCUAGAGAGGCACCAGUUUACGCACGAGUAACUCAUACCCAUUACACCUCUUAUAUCAGGCCACAUGGUCACUGGAGGUGGCCCCAUCAUGCAAACAUGACUAUCCACACAGGGACCAUCUAUUUUUAUUUUUUUCUGAUACUGGAUUUUAAGUUACAGUUACAUCUUUUAAAACAGCUGUCAGUAUAUCACACUGUAUUCCACUUGCCUUCCAAAGGAAUACGUGGCUCUCCCCACAUAGCGGGUUAGGUUGAGACUGCUGAUCCAAAGUGAUCAGUAAUUUUUACGGUAAUUACAAUCCUGCUUUCCCUUGUACCAGCUUACCUUGACUUCAGUUAGGCCUUUGAAAAGGUCCCCCAUGAUAUUAUUGCAAAAAAAACUAGUAAAAUGUGGGCUAGACAAAGCUACUGUUAGGUGGAUUUGUAAUUGGUUGACGGGCUGAACCCAAAGAGUGCUCAUCAGUGGCUCACCUUCAUCCUGGAAAAAAAUGACUAUUGGGGUUCCACAAGGUUCUGUCCUGGGCCUGGUGCUAUUCAAUAUUUUUAUAAAUGAUUUGGAUGAUGGAAUAGAGGGUGUGCUAAUCAAAUUUGCAAAUGACUGCAAACUGGGAGGGGUUGCUAAUACACCGGAGGGCAGGGUCAGAAUUCAAAAUGACCUGAACAGCCUAGAGAGCUGGGCCAAAACCAACAAUAUGGAGUUCAAUUAGGAGAAAUGUAAGGUACUACACCUGGAUAGAAAAAUGAAAUGCACAGGUGGGGGACACUUGGCUUGACAACAGUACCUGUGAAAGGGAUCUGGGAGUCUUAGUCGACCACAAGCUGAAUAUGAGUCAACAGUGUGAUGUGGCAGCUAAGAACGCCAAUGCAAUUCUGGGCUGCAUCAAUAGGAGUAUAGUGUCUAGAUCAAGCGAAGGAAUGCUACCACACUAUUCUGGUUGGUCAGACCACACCUGAAAUAUUGUGUCCAGUUCUGGGCACCACAGUUGAAGAAGGAUAUUGUCAAGCUGGAGCAUGUCCAGAGGAGGGUGACCAAAAUGUCAAAGGUCUGGAAUCCAAGCCCUAUGAGGAGAGACUUAGGGAGCUGGAUUUGUUUAAUCUAGAGAAGAGAAGAUUAAGGAGUGACAUGAUAGCCAUGUUUAAAUAUUUGAAGGGAUGUCAUGUUGAAGAGGGAGCAAGCUUGUUUUCUGCUGUUCUAGAGACUAGGAUGCAGAAUAAUGGAUUCAAACUAUGGGAAAAGAGAUUCCACCUGGGCGCGGUAAUCCAGUCAGGGGAAAAGGGAGGCAUACUAUGUUUAGGGCACCGUUUCCAGCCCCUUCCCCUUUCGGGGUGAGCAUAGUGGAUCCUAAAAAGGGCUGCUCAGUCAUGGAUACAGCUGCUGAGCUGCUCAACUGCCUCAUUCCUUGAGUCAGAACGACUGACCGCCCAUGUGUCGGUUCAUGACUAGGGGCUUCACAUUCCUGCCCCCGUAGCCAUUUAGUGAUCGCCAUGGGGGGAGGGGUUGGGGGGUUGGGCUGGGUUUUUGGAAGACGCCUGUGCGUGAAUUUGUUUUAUGUGUGUAGAUCAGUGCACACUGACCAACGCACAGUCUUCGCAGUAGGGCUCUGUUCUGAUGGCAUGAGUAUUCACGACAAACUGGUGGAUCCUAUCUGCUGCAGCCUUCACCUGCCUUCACAGGCGUUGUAACACACUGCUUGUUAUCACCCGCCUGUUCUGCCGUUGAGGACUUCUUGCAUCAUUCUUUGUCUAGCUCCUUCCCUGUUAUGUACUAAGCUUGGAUCCUAGAACAAUAGACAAGUAGGAUCCUAGAAUGCAAGAACUGAUUGGCUUGCAGGAAAAGACCAAUCAGGCUCCAGGAGGGAAGCAGAAUCAGCCAGUCAGACGGGACUCAUUGUGUAAAUAAUGUAUAUAAAAGCCUGAGGUUUGGGGGGGAAAUUCAGUCACUGUUUUACAAGCUGCAAUAAAGAGCAUGAAAUCACUACAGGACUCUGAGCAUAUUUAAUUUUCUUUGACCUUACCGCCUUGGGUGACCCUGCUGGGAGUACGAGAUUCCCAACGGCUUUGCUCACAAGGGUCAUAUGAAUGUGCAAGCCUACUCACCAUGACAUGUGAGAGAACUGAGAUAGAUUGCACUGAGCCCUGGUCUCAUUAGACAAAGCGUUCCAACAAAAAGGCUCUGGCUCUGGUUGAGGACAGCUGGAUAGGUUUUAGGCCAGGGACCACCAGUAGGUUGCUGUUAGAUGAGCGUCACACUCAUGGGGGGUGUAUUGGAAGAUAAUUCCCACAGAUAAGAAAGGUCACAGCCUGUUUAGGGCUUUAAAGAUUAGCACCAAAACAUUGAACCUGAUUCAAUACUCCACCUGGAGCCAAUCCAGCUGAUGAACAACCAACUGAAUGUGGGCUCUCCACAAAGUCCAAGUAAGAACUCAUGCAUCUGCAUUUUAGACCAUUUGGAGUUUCUGGAGCAGUCUCAAGGGUAGCCCUGCAUCUCUCUCUCUCUCUCUCUCUCUCUCUCUCUCUCUCUCGAUCACAUUUAUACCCUGCACUCCCUGGCUCAGGUGUACAGCAAGUUAAAGUAGUCUAGUCUGCUGGUGACUACUGCAUGGAUCACCAUGGCUAGGUUGGAAAGGGACAGGUACAGUACCGAUUGCCUAAGCUGACAUAGAUUCAAAAAUGCCAGUUUGGCUACAUUUGUGACCAAUGCCUCCAUAGAGACAGAAGCAUCCAGGAUCACAAAGGGACUCCUGAUGGCAGCUACAGGUGACUAUUGCGCCCCAUGAAGAGCUGGGAGCUGGCAAACCGAACUGAAAUCAUUCUGGCCCAGCCAUUGGGCGCCCAUCUUUAAUGGAUAGAGAUUCAGCCGACUCCAUUUCCUCCAUCCCAGCACACCCACCUAAAAAUUGGCCAAUAUAUCCAGGGUAGCAUCUGGCCAGGGCCAUGAAGCAGUAGAUCCAUGAUGUUUGUGGUCAUAUCUGUGGUUAUGUACAAGAUAUUUGAAUAAAGGGUGAAUUUGGGGUUCCCCAAUGCAAAAAGUGUGAUGAUCCAUGAGGAUCCAUGCUUCAAAACCACGUUUUUGGGCCGUGUUAUGACCAGAAAGCUGUGGAUCCUAGUUUUUUGUGGUGCAAGUUGUAUCCCUGGACAUGAUGUGUGAUUUGACAGUGAGUUUGGGUUGGCCCAAUGCAAAAAGCAUGAGGACCCAUGAGGAUCCGUGCUUCAAAACCACGUUUUUGGGCCACGGUAUGGUCAGGAAGCCGUGGAUCCGAGUUUUUUGUGGUGUAAGCUGUGCCCCUGGACAUGGUGUGUGUUUUGACAGUGAGUUUGGGCUGAUCUAGUGCAAAAAGCGUGAGGAUCCAUGAGGAUCCGUGCUUCAAAACCACGUUUUUGGGCCAUGGAGUGGCCAGGAAGCCGUGGAUCCGAGUUUUCUGUGGUGCAGGCUCUGCCCCUGGGAAUGAUGUAUGAUUUGACAGUGAGUUUGGGGUGGCCCAAUGCAAAAAGCAUGAGGACCCAUGAGGAUCCGUGCUUCAAAACCACGUUUUUGGGCCAUGGAGUGGCCAGGAAGCCGUGGAGCCGAGUUUUUUGUGGUGUAAGCUGUGUCCCUGGGAAUGAUGUGUGAUUUGACGGUGAGUUUGGGUUGGCCCAAUGCAAAAAGCGUGAGGAUCCAUGAGGAUCCGUGCUUUAAAACCACGUUUUUGGGCCAUGAAGUGGCCAGGAAGCCGUGGAUCCGAGUUUUUUUGUGGUGUAAGAUGUGCCCUGGACAUGGUUUGUGAUUUGACAGUGAGUUUGGGUUGUACCACUGCAAAAAGCGUGAGGAUCCAUGAGGAUCCGAGCUUCGGAACCACGUUUUUGGGCCAUGGAGUGGCCAGGAAGCCAUGGAUCCGAGUUUUCUGUGGUGCAGGCUCUGCCCCUGGGAAUGAUGUAUGAUUUGACAGUGAGUUUGGGUUGGCCCAAUGCAAAAAGCGUGAGGAUCCAUGAGGAUCCGUGCUUCAAAACCACGUUUUUGGGCCAUGGAGUGGCCAGAUAACCGUGGAUCCGAGUUUUUUGUGGUGCAGGCUGUACCCCUGGGAAUGAUGUGUGAUUUGACGGUGAGUUUGGGUUGGCCCAAUGGAAAAAGUGUGAGGAUCCAUGAGGAUCCGUGCUUCAAAACCACGUUUUUGGGCCAUGGAGUGGCCAGGAAGCCGUGGAUCCGAGUUUAUUGUGGUGCAGGCUGUGCCCCUGGACAUGAUGUGUGAUUUGACAGUGAGUUUGGGUUGGCCCAAUGCAAAAAGCGUGAGGAUCCAUGAGGAUCCGUGUUUCAAAACCACGUUUUUGUACCACGGUACAACCAGGAAGCCAUGGAUCCGAAUUUUUUGUUGUGCAGGCUGUGCCCCUGUACAUGAUGUUUGAUUUGACAGUGAGUUUGGGGUGGCCCAAUGGAAAAAGCAUGAGGAUCCGUGAGGAUCCGACCCUCAAAACCACGUUUUUGGGCCAUGGAGUGGCCAGAUAACCGUGGAUCCGAGUUAUUGUGGUGCAGGCUGUGCCCCUGGCCAUGAUGUGUGAUUUGACGGUUAGUUUAGGUUGGCCCAGUGCAAAAAGUGUUAGGAUCCGUGAGGAUCCGUGCUUCAAAACCACGUUUAUGGGCCAUGGAGUGGCCAGAUAACCGUGGAUCCGUGAUUUUUGUGGUGCAGGCUGUGCUCCUGGCUAUGACGCAUGAUCUGACGUUGAGUUUGGGUUGGCCCAAUGCAAAAAGCGUGAGGAUCCAUGAGGAUCCGUGUUUCAAAACCACGUUUUUGUACCACGGUACAACCAGGAAGCCAUGGAUCUGAAUUUUUUGUUGUGCAGGCUGUGCCCCUGUACAUGAUGUUUGAUUUGACAGUGAGUUUGGGGUGUCCCAAUGGAAAAAGCAUGAGGAUCCGUGAGGAUCCGACCCUCAAAACCACGUUUUUGGGCCAUGGCGUUGCCAGAUAACCGUGGAUCUGAGUUUUUUGUUGUGCAGGCUGUGCCCCUGGCCAUGAUGUGUGAUUUGACGGUUAGUUUAGGUUGGCCCAGUGCAAAAAGUGUUAGGAUGUGUGAGGAUCCGUGCUUCAAAACCACGUUUAUGGGCCAUGGAGUGGCCAGAUAACCGUGGAUCCGUGAUUUUUGUGGUGCAGGCUGUGCUCCUGGCUAUGACGCUUGAUCUGACGUUGAGUUUGGGUUGGCCCAAUGCAAAAAGCGAGAGGAUCCAUGAGGAUCCGUGCUUCAAAACCACGUUUUUGGGCCACGGAAUGGCCAUGCGGGCGUGGAUCUGAGUUUUUUGUGGUGCAGGCUGUGCCCCUGGCUAUGAUAUGUGAUUUGACAGUGAGUUUGGGCUGGCCCAAUGCAAAAAGCGUGAGGAUCCAUGAGGAUCCGUGCUUUCAAAACGUUUUUGGGCCAUGGUUUCGCCAGGAAGCCGUGGAUCCAUGAUUUUUGUGUUGCAUGCUGUGCCCAUGGCCAUGAUGUGUCAUUUGACGGUGACUUUGGGCUGAUCUAGUGCAAAAAUCAUGAGGAUCCAUGAGGAUCCGUGCUUCGAAACCACGUUUUUGGGCCACGGUAUGGCCAGGCAGGCGUGGAUCCGUGAUUUUUGUGGUGCCUGCUGUGCCCAUGGCCAUGAUGUUUGAUCUGAUGGUGACUUUGGGCUGAUCUAGUGCAAAAAUCAUGAGGAUCCAUGAGGAUCCAUGCUUCAGAACCACGUUUUGGGCCACGGUAUGGCCAGGCAGGCGUGGAUCCGAGUUUUUUUUGGUGUAGGCUGUGCCCCUGGCUAUGAUGUGUGAUUUGACAGUGAUUUAGGGGUGGCCCAAUGCAAAAAGCAUGAGGAUCCAUGAGGAUCCGUGCUUCAAAACCACGUUUUUGGGCCACGGUUUCCCCACGAAGCCGUGGAUCCGUGAUUUUUGUGGUGGAUGCUGUGCCCAUGGCGAUGAUGUUUGAUCUGAUGGUGACUUUGGGCUGAUCUAGUGCAAAAAUCAUGAGGAUCCAUGAGGAUCCGUGUUUUUAACCAUGUUUUUGCGCCCCUGCGGCCCCCCGAAACAGUGGAUGCGUGAUUUUUUUGAUGCUGCCUACAGAGUAAGACAUGGUCUACAGUAUCAUGGUGGUUUUAUUUAAUUUGAAUGAAAAAAUCAUAUGAAUUCAUGAGGAUCCGUGUAGAUCCGCCUUUUACCUUUUUCCCUGAAAUGCCAAGGGAAAACACACUUGCCUGCUCCCCAAUAGGGCGGGUGGAGCAUGCAAAAGCGAUCCACUGUUGUAGCCAACAGCCCUUGGGCAGGCUUACUUAGAAGGUAAGUAAGGUUGGAUUUCAUUCUAGCGGGAUCUACUUAUAACCUUCAAUUUCUAAGAGUUAAAUUUUAAAUGCAUGACCAGCUUCCGGGGUGUGUGUGUCCUAUAAUGAACUAGUCAGGGGGCCAGAUUCAGGGAGCGAUGGGGGUAGGUUGUUACCUUCCUGACAGUGUUUUCUUCCUUUUAUUAAAUCGGGAGGAGUGGGGUGUUGGUGGGCUUGGUGCUUGCAUUGGUUCCUUUUGCUGCAUUCACUUCUUUCUCAUCCUCUGGCAGUUAGAGUAGUCAGGAUCUCCUUACACUAUUUAUGGAGAAGACUUUUUAAUUUUUAGCACCAGUGCCUCAUUUUCAUGAUUACCUCCUGUUGUAGGAAUUCUCAGCUUGAAGUGGAGGGGACAAAGAAGGGCCUGCGUCUUCCCACAGCCCACAAGACUGGCACCACCAUUGCUGGGGUAGUGUUUAAGGUGAGGCCUAAUGCUUGUUGCAGUAAUAUCAGCUUUUUCAGUGUUCGUCCUAUGCAUGUCUACUCAGAAGUAAGUGUCACUAAGCUUAGUGGGACUUGCUUCCAGGAAAGUGGGCAUAGGAUUGCCAUCUCCCUUUCUUUAUCUAGGAUGGGAUAGUACUUGGAGCAGAUACAAGAGCCACUGAAGGGAUGGUUGUUGCUGACAAGAACUGUUCAAAAAUACACUAUAUAUCUCCAAACAUUUAGUAAGUAUAUAUAUUACUAACCUUUUUCUAGGCCUGCUUAUGAUCACAGAUUUUCUGGAAGUGGAAAGUUGCAAAGUAUUUGUUUCUAAUGGAGGGAACCAGGGAAAAGUAGGAAGAAAAAGCAUGGGUAUUUAAUUGUUCAUGUUUCACAAAGGGCUUUCUCUGUCCUCUCCUGAAAAUGACCACCUGCUUUAAUGGACUAAGACUGUCUAGUUAGCUCUUGAUUCCUAUAGAGUGGCAAAUGUGUUCCGGGGGUUUGUGAGGCGGCUGCCAACCAAGUGUGGCCAUGGCUUCUAGAUAAUUAUUCAGAAGCUGCUUGUUUACUAAAUGAAGUAAAUAUGUUUGCAGUUGUUGCGGGGCUGGAACGGCUGCAGACACAGAAAUGACAACUCAGUUGAUCUCUUCUAACAUCGAACUCCACUUGCUCUCAACUGGACGGCUUCCAAGGGUGGUCACAGCCAACCAGAUGCUCAAGCAGAUGCUCUUCAGGUAACUGGCUUGUGGACUAAGCAGUGCUAUUGCCACUGUUUGCCUCCUCCCCUUUCUCUCUUCAUUCAGUUAAGCAGUAUACAGACACAUGUAGUUGGGAAAGUUCAGCAGCUGAGUGGCAUGUUCUAAAAUAUGUGUGUGUUUAAACAAUUUUACAAGCAGAAGCCUCCAAGGGCAGCAUUUAAAAAUGGAAAUUUUUGUGUUUGUCAUCAGCAUUCAAAAUUAACCAGUCUCCAAUCUCUUUUUCGACUCAGUAGCGCCACCUAGCAACCAAAAUGAGAUUUCCAGCUAUGUGAUUUGUGACCAAGAUCUCUGGCUGCGCAGGAGAGCCAAGGGCAGUGUCCUAGGACUGAAGCGUUCCCUUUCUGCUUGCUCCCCAGGGAACUAUUUGAUGGGCUAAAGGAAUGUCUCCCUGGGGCCCAAAGCAGCCUUAAUUGUGGUUCUUUCUCACUGCUGUUUUUGUUACCACCCCGAAAUACAAGUGUUGAAAUACCUCCCAUCUAGCCGUGGCUGCCAGGCCACUGCACACUUCUGCACAAAGGCUUGGACUUGCCAGCAAUGAGCUGCUGACCAUGGGAAAGAGCGUGACCCCCAUCACGUCAAUCAAAUGCGAGCCUGGUGGGAGAGAGGAGGGUGGGUGGGCUGGUGGGAGGGAGGCAGGAUUAUGCAAAAACGAGAUCUCCAGGGCAGAGUCUCUUCCAAGGCUGCUAGGGAAGAGGAUGAAUUGGAAAGGACCCCUCAUUGCAAAAAAAAGAGAAAACAAUCAGAAGCUUCAGUGUGCCUCAUUGCAUGGCCCCUUCCUCUACACCACAGUUGCAUGUAGACUUUGUGUGGCAUCUGUGUGAAGGGAGGGAGUCGGGAGGACUACCCCGUUGCCCCAGCUGUCCAGCCUCACUUCCUCCUGCCCUUUGCUUCCAUGCCCUUCCUGCCAAAAGCUUUCACCCUUCUAGCCUCCAGAGCCCAUUCUCCCUGUCUGGAGCCACUGGCACAUCCUACUGAGAGGGGCAGAAAAAUGGCAGCGGAGAGGCAGAGAGUGUGCCCCGUUGCUGUGUGGGUGGCUGCUUGCUGGGGAUGGGUGGCUGGCUUGUGUGAGGAAUGCCACCUAUUCGCUGGCCUAGCAGAACGGGCAAGCAGGAAGCAGCCCUUUACUGCAGAGUAAAGGGCUGCUUCCUGCCUGCUGAAUUUGCAAGGCCAGAGAGAUGCGGCUCUGUGAGCCUGCCUCCACCCGCCAACACCAUGUGUCUACGUCUCUCUGGCUGGGUCUCUCUGUCCUGCAAGCCAGAGACUUUGGGCAAUGCGCAGCUGACAGGUGGGCAGACAGGCAACACUUCCUCCCCACCCCUCUUUCUUUGGGAAAGCUUCAAGUCCCUGUGAAUCAAACCAGUGGUGAAGGCUGCCUGGUGCGCGGCCACCAUGUUUCUUCUUUGCUCAACUUCUGUUUGCACAGCAUAAGCUGGGCGGGGGGCGGGGAGUGCAGGUUUUGGGGCAGCUGCUUUUUACUCUCUGGGAAGCCCAUCUGUUUUAUGAGAGGAGUCUUGACGUUUCAACACUCUUAAGGAACCCCCUUGUUUUCCUGCUCCCUUUUAUUGGUUUAAAUAGUUUCUGCUAGGAAGGGUGAGGGGAGUGCCCCUGCCUUUAAACUGCCACCACCACUGGUGUUUGUGUGCAUUUUGAGAGGGAGAGAAAACUGCACAGAACUGCAUGGCUUGGCUUGCCCUGCUCCUGCCCCUGCUUUGGCAAGUUGGCUGUGGUUGUGCUCUUUUGGUGCUGCGCUGCUUGCAGAUCCCCCACAAUCUUUUUUUCCAAUGAAAAGGCACCUAGGCAUUCUUGUAGUGCCUGGAAUGCAGGUUUAAGAUGUCAUUAGGCUCUUAGCUUUUAUACCCCAGUUUCUAACACUGUUUGGAAUGCAUUUCUGGUGUUCACACACUCUUAUGCUAAACACAUUUAUGUCUUCCAGGUAUCAAGGUUACAUUGGUGCAGCCCUGGUUCUGGGUGGGGUAGAUGUCACUGGAGCCCAUCUUUACAGCAUCUAUCCUCAUGGAUCUACUGACAAAUUGCCUUAUGUCACAAUGGGUGAGUCUUUCCCUGUUACAAUUUAGGUAACUGCACUGCCCACUAGUGGAAAUCUGUCGUAAUUAGUUUUUCUUUCCUCAUCUUUACUUGUGUGUGUGAUUCUGAAAUGUCAUUAGCGUUGUAGAAAGUGAAAGUAAAACAGGGAUCUCAUACUCUGUGUGAUCAUAUCUCUUGAUGCCUAAUAAUAAUAAUUUAAAUAAUUGGCAAAUUGUAAAUGGCUUGGUGGGGAGAUGGGAAAUACAGCUUGUGCACAUUUGCCAGAGAAGUGACUCCCAGAGUGUAGCUUCAAUGCUGAAUGACAAAUGGUUUGCUAAUUCAAAUCCCAAGGUAGGGGUUCUUCAUCAGAACAUUAAAACAAACACACACAAAGUUUCUGAAAUGCCAUCAGAACCACUAGAGAAAUUACACUGUAAGGGUGAUUGCAGAUUUCUUAAAGCAGCCCUGUAGCUUAUAUAGGGGCUGUCAGCAGCAAAAAUAAUGUUAGCUGACUGAAAAUACAGGUGUGUAGCACUUGUCAGUGGAGAGUGUGAGAGCGUCUAAUUUAAUGUUUUGUUCUUCAAAUGGAUGCAAUAGUUAAUAGGCAAAUGCAAGACACAGAGCUGUUCCACCAGGCCUUUGGCCAGGGCACAGCCUGACUCCCUCCUUUGGCAAUCUUCACAGAACUCUAGCCCAAUGGUUGCCAUUAAUUUGAUUUGAAUUAAUUUUAUAAUGAAAUGAUUUUAGAAUGUUGUAUUAUUUUAUUGUUGUUAGCCGCUCAGAGCCCGGCUUCGGCUGGGGAGGGCGGGAUAUAAAUUAAAAAAUAUUAUUAUUAUUAUUAUUAUUAUUAUUAUUAUUAUUAUUACUAUGGAUGUUUGAUGGAGUUUGUUCACAUAGAUUCAGUUCAUUCUGACCCCAAUUUCACUUUGCUCUAAUGCUUUGCCUGCCUAUAUGUACAAAAAAAAGAACACCUCUGUGUUUACUAGGGUCAAACAUUUUUCUUAAAUUACUCGAAGAAAUGAUGUGUGUGUGUGUGUGCGCGCACACACACACACACAUCAUAGAAGCAUCUCUAUUACAGAUAGCCCUAGUUAGAUUAUGGAAGAGGUGUACUCCAAAAUUACUGCAUCUGUUUGGUUGAUUUUGAUGUUCUUUCAUGCCAGUGUUAGGGAAAAUUGGAGUCCUGGGCAUAGACAAGCAGAGUUGUACAAAAUGCUUAGAACAGAGUGUAGCUUUUUUACACCAAUAGAAGGUGCCAUGGUACCCUACAAAGUAGUAAAUUAUUCUGUGCAUGAAAUCUAUUUUUGAAAGAAUGCUAUUAUAGGAUUUAUGGUGUAUUAUUCUAUUCAGACCCUUAUAUGAAUUAACAUAAAAUAUGAAAUUGGAUUAAUAUUUAUAAAUGUGUCCUGAAACUUAUAAAUUAUUAAACUGCUGAACAAUAAACCUUGCUGCAUUUGUAUAGUGAAUGAUUAGUGACCCAAAACUGCAGGAUUCAUGUCUGCCUUGCACCAGGAAUCCUUUGACCCUGUUUUAUUUGAAGCUGUAGAGCAUGGCUAUCCUAUGAAUAUUGUUCGCUGCACCCAGUGAAAGAAAUCUGACUGGUAAGGACUGCUGUCAUUAAAUGGGAAUAGGCUUCUAAGCCUAUGAAGCCUGACAGUAUUAAUCUGUCUGUUUUAUCUACCAUGCUGCUAUUCCUUUAAAAAGAGAAGAAGAAGAAGGCUGCAAUUCCAGCAUGUUUAAAAGCAAACCACACUGAACUCCACAGCACUUGUUUCCAAGUAAACGUGCUUAGGGUUGGGCUAUUGCAUACCUGACAAUGCUUCAUUACAGGAAUGACAUGGGGUAUAUUGUGCAAAUCUCUGGUCUGGUAAAUAUCAAUAGUAGUAGUAGUAGUAGUAAUAAUAAUAAUAAUUAAUAAUAAAAAUAAUUUAUUAUUUAUACCCUGCCCAUCUGGCUGAGUUUCCCCAGCCACUCUGGGCGGCUCCCAAUCAAGUGUUAAAAACAGUACAGCAUUAAAUAUUAAAAACUUCCCUAAACAGGGCUGCCUUCAGUAUAGACAACUUCAAUCUACUGUUUAAAUAAUUUGUCCAAAUGUAGGGCCAUGUUUUAAAUGUGAUAUGUGAGAGACUGAAGAAUGAAUUUCUUGCUGCAGUGUGCAGCAUACCUAAGGCUUAGGGAUUACAAUCUUAAAAUGAUCAUAAAACCAGACAUCAAAAUUCAUGCUCUCAAGCUCUGUUUUUGGGAUGGAUAACUGGCACAGACAUGAAUGUCUUGCAGUGCCUCUACAUUGACACAACCCAGUUUUGGCCUCUUCUGGAAAGAAAGGACCGUAACCUUUUAAUGGGCAGAUGUGAUGCAAUAUGAACACAGUUUGUGUUUUUAGUACUCCUGUGAAGGCUGACUGAUCUCUUAUGUGCCAAAAUAUUAGCAUGAUUUUUAAACUCAACAUUUUGACAAGCUCCACAUUUAGUCUGGUGGCAGAGAAUACAUAUUUAAGCCAGAAGGAAUUAGCUAUCACAGCAGAAUAGUAAAUACUCAGACCUGCUCAUAUUUGAUCAGAUGUUAGGCACACACAAGGCAGCAGUAUUGCUAUUCCAUGAUUCCUCCAUGUAUCUACAAACUGAAUACUAAUUUCCCCAUACCUUUCUCUUGUUGUUUUAAGCAAUAUUUUACAUGUGUGUGCAUGUAAGGCCUCUGUAUUGUUGCUCAAAACAGGCAAAGAAUAGAAAUCCAGCAUUUUGUUCCUAAAUAAGAGACCAGUGUCGUUCCUUAGAAGGAAUUUAAAACAUACUCAGUGCUUACUCAGGAGUGAAAACAUCAAAUUAAAGUGUUUAUGCUGACAAAGGACAAAUGCGGGUUUCAGCAAACGAUGCAAGAUUAUCUGAUUGCUGGCUUGUCUAGAAAUGUUUCUGGCCAUGGCUAUAUAAUGAAAUGCAUGCAUACAAUUAAAGGGCUUGAAGUCUGUACUUCAGACUUGGGAAGCAGCAAGAUGCAUUCUGGUGGUCUCUUGUGGCUAAGGCUGAUCUCUUGGCACCAGUAUUGUUUCAUAUUCAUAAAUCAGCUCUUCAUGCAUUGGCAAUGUCUGUCUGCUGCACAGGCAAUGCCACCAAGAGACCAGGCCUCUCAGCCAGGAACCAGAGUGAAAAAUGAUGCCGAUCGAUGGGCCUGUGGAGAGCACUGGAUAUCUACCUAGGAGGAGCAGCAAAUUGAAUAACAAUGAGCAUUUGUGAAUAAGUGCGCUGUCAGGGACUGUUGGCACUGAUGGAUUAGAGAAAUCUAAAUGUUACUCUCUUCACAGUGCAUUUGUUUGCCAGUGUGGCAGCAGCAAACAGGAGUGCUGGAAGAUGCAGAAGGCUAUUUAGUAAAAGAAAGCACUCUUCACUGAAUGUUUGACGUUCAAAAGGCUGCUAACUGCAGUGUGCAAAUGGACAAGUCCAAUAUCUGUUAAAUAUGGGACAGCAAGGUCAUUUUAAAACACAAAAAGUAUCUCUAGGUCAUCAGAUGUAUAAAAAGGAAUGCUGUGACUCUGUAAUGUAACUGUAAAGAGAACAUCAUUCAGAUAUUAUUAUUAUAGUUAUUAUUAUUAUUAUUAUUAUUAUUAUUAUUAUUAUUAUUUAUUUAUAUAUCGCCCUAUACCCAGAGAUCUCAGGGCGGUUUACAGAAAAGAGGGCAGUUCACAGAAAAGAUUCCCUUUCUUGUUAUUCUUUCUGGGUCUAAUAAAAAAAAUCACUUUUGAGAUUGGUGUAGAACUUAUUUCUAGGCUGUUUUUAAUUUAAAUGCAGGUAGCACUGAGAAACUUAUGUGCCCUGAUCAGUUUAUUUUAAAAUAUUUUUUAAACCACCUGUUAGGUGCCGGCAUGGUUGCUCGAGAGCGAAGAGGCAAGACUCCCACCGGUCUUUUCCAGGCUUUAUUGUCUGUACAAAAACAUUUACAGUGCAGAGCGCCUCAAGUCCAUGUCUGCUCAGUCGCUAGCAGAAUCUGGGAGUGGGCGGUCCUUAAACUUUCCCCAGCAUAACAGUCUUUUGACCCCCAUCCUUCUCCUCCUCUCUCUGCGCAUAAACCGACUGCGCAGAGAGGGCGUUGGCAAAGGGGGACCUGCCUCCCCCCCACUUUGCUCAGGCUCGGUGUUGCGGCUCUCUCUAGCAUCUUCCGAUCCCUGCAUCCCUUCUCCACUGGAGGCUUCCCUCCUCCCCGGAGGAAGAGCUGCUUCGCACGAUCUUCGGAGGCUCCCUGUAACCCAAGUGCCCUUCCACCUCUCACCUCUGAGCUGAUGGCAGUUCCCUGACAUCCACCCACCCCCCUCAAGCCCCCCUCCCCAUUGGUGGGGUCUCUAACAGCAUCCCCCUCCUGGACUCUGGUAGAAGGGGGGGGGGGGGAACCCCGGAAAGAAUAGUCGUCGUCCUCCGUGGAUUCAAAAACUGCUUCCCAUCCUCCCGUGUUCCUCCCUGCCGACGGGAAGUCCCAGUCAGAUUCCUCCCCCUCAGACAGCUCCUCGACUUCGUUCCGUAGUCCGUCCUCUCCCCCUGAGGAUGGAAAGCCUACGAAGUCCCCCUCGUCGUCCGUGGGUCCAAACACUUCGUCAAAGAACCUCCCUUGGGGUUUUAGCUUGUGUGGGAACAGAGCAUGGAAUUCCUCCACCAGAUAUUCCUCUGUGAUGGAGCCUGCAGGAACCUACGCAUUUUCUGAGCUGGGUUCCCCCUCCCAGGCCACCAAGUACCCUUUCCACCUGGAAUCGAAUAUUUCCGUUACUUCAUUACAGCGUUCCCUCUCUACGUGUGGAUGGGUGGACACCCCUUCCUCCCUUCCCGGGGAGCCGUGUCCCUCCCUAUAAGGCGAAAGUAAGGACGUAUGAAACACCGGAUGUAUUCUCAUGCUGUCCAGCAAUUUCAGCCUGAAUGUCACUGGGUUGACCUGAUGGAUUACCUCAAAGGGCCCCAGCUGUCUAGGCUGCAGUUUUUUGCAAACCCCCCUUAAGGGCAACCCCUGGGAUGACAACCACACUUUGUAUGACCUGUAUGACCUCUCCUGGCCUGCGAUGCCUGUCUGCCUGCUUUUUAUAUACCUCUUUGGCCCUUUCCAGGUUCAGUUGGAGCUGCUGGUGCAAAGCUUCCAUCUCUUCUGCAAACUGCUCUGCCGCCGGAACACUCCAUUCCCCCUCGCCCGUCCUGGGAAGGCCCUGGGGUGACACCCGUAGUUGGACAUAAAGGGGCUCAUCCCCGUGGACACAUGUUCAGCACUGUUAUAUGCAAACUCAGCUAGUGCUAAUUUCUCCACCUAAUCGUUCUGCCUCUGGCUGACGUAGCAGCGUAGGUACUGCUGCAAUAUGGCAUUGGCUCUUUCGGCUUGCCCGUUGGUUUCUGGGUGUCUUGCCGUCAAGAAGCUCACCUCUACCUGCAACAGGCUCAUGAGUUUACGCCGGAACCGUGAGGUGAACUGUCUUCCGCAAUCGGAGACGACCCUCAAUGGGGUCCCAUGCAGUUGAAAGACGUGAUCCACGAACAGCUUGGCCGUUUCCUCGGCUGUCACCGCGUGGGAACAUGCCAUGAAGUGACACAUUUUGGUCAGCAGGUUGACCGCCGCUGCCGUCUUUCCUCGUGACCUGGGCAGAUCUGUCAUGAAAUCUAUGGACACCACCUCCCAGGGUCUCCCCGUUGUCGGUAAGGGUUCCAGUAAACCCGCCGGUGUUGCCCUUGGCCCUCUGGCCCUCUGACACCUGUCACACCCUCUCGCCUCUGAGCUGAUGGCAGUUCCCUGACACCACCCCUUAUCAGUUAAGAUAUUUGCACAAUAAGACCAAAAGUGGCCAUAUAACCACAAAAGCUCCACGUAUACAAUACAGCCAAAACAACUUUACAAGGCAGCAAAAUAUAAUAGGGGGACUACACACGCAAAGCAGCUCAAGCAAGCAGGAAAGUUUUGAAUUGGCACUGUGAAAGAUGACAAAGUUGGUGCCUAUGAAAUUAUGUGGGGAUGUUCCACAAUUGAAAUGCCACGUCAAGAGGCACGUUCCUCCUUUGCUUGUAGCAUGCUCAAUAAGAGCCUGGCCCACAGCAGGUUGUAAGAUGGUUGUAGGCUGGUGUAGGGGCAGGUGCUGCAUCAGGCAUUUUAAGAGCAUGCUCUCGCAGACGCAGACUGCCUUGUGACCAGUGUUGUGCAGUUCUCUUCAGUGUUGGGGGGCACAUGGCAUCCAAAGAGCUACAUGCAGCUCCUGUCCCCAGAUGCAGGCCUGUUGACUGCGGGCUUCUGGCGUUGAAGAGCAUGAGCUAGUUGCUGAAGCUGCCUUGAGUAUUUUGUGGUGCUUUGGGAAAGCGAGGGUCUGUUACCCAGGCUUGUCACCCAAUGUUCUGGUUUAGUGCCUCUUACUUUAUUAACACUUUUGUGUAGUUUUUGCCAAGCUAUAUGCCAUGAUAUCCAUCGUUUAAAAUGCCAGCUCUGUGUCUUGGUCACACACCAGCAUGAUCAAGAAAAGGGAAACCGGGGUGAAGCUGUGCAGAAAGAGGCUGCCUCCCAUAGUUGAGAACAUAGUUCCUGGACAUUCCACCUCCUCUGCUCCCGAGAGUGAGCUGACGAGUGCUUGGGGUGAAAGAUAGGGUGUGCGCCCCCCCCCCCCCCCCAGCAAUAUCCAGUCUUUGAAUCCAUUAAGGCUCUUCUUUGAAAGUCAAAAAUGAGAGUGCUGCAGCUGCAAAGAUGGGAAUCAGAACCUGGUUGGGGAACGGGCUGGUGAUAACUUGCUGUCUGUGUAUAUAUCUUUACAGUAUGUUCUCUAUUCACGCCCUACUCAUCCCCUGCCUUCCAAAAUGUUGGGAAUUUUGCUAGCAUGUGAAUGCAAAAUGGGCUGUUUCAGAAGGAAGGCCUAGAUAUAAAUUACAUAAAAAACAGAUUGUUGUAAAAUAUUUCUUCUGGCACAUUACAGCUCUUGUCUUGCCUGUUAAAACUCCAAUGUGAGGCUCUUCCAGACACCUUGCUUGCCUCUUAAUUCCACCUGAUUCUGCUUAUUCCUGUUGUGGGGAGCUUGGCAAUAAGGCUCGCCUCAUAAACUGCAUCCAGAGCAGCACUACAGGACUUCACUUUGACCUCCUUGUGGUUCAGCACAGUUCUUCUUCUUUGCUAUUUUUGGCAGCUGGCAUAUUUUGUGCAUGUUGCUCUCCUCUCCUGUUCGUCACUUGCAAAGAAUUCCUUUUUGUUUCCCAUUCCUACCUUUUUGAAAAUGGAGCUGUACGUGGCUCCGAGGCAAAAAAAAUAGCCAUUGCCUGGAGUAUAAGAAGAUUCUUUGUAAACCCUGAAGGAGCGUCUCCACCCCCAUCAUUCUGCCCGGAUGCUAAGGUCCAGCGCCGAGGGCCUUCUGGUGGUUCCCUCAUUGCGGGAAGCAAAGCUACAGGGAACCAGGCAGAGGGCCUUCUAGGGAGUGGCGCCCGCCCUGUGGAAUGCCCUCCUAUCAGAUGUCAAAGAGAUAAACAACUACCUGACAUUCAGAAGACAUCUGAAGGCAGCCCUGUUCAGGGAAGUUUUUAAUGUGUGACAUUUUAAUGUAUUUUUAAUCUUUGUUGGAAGCUGCCCAGAGUGGCUGGGGAAACCCAGCCAGAUGGGCGGGGUACAAAUAAUUAUUAUAAAUGUGAUGUAUUUGGUACUGUAAAGGUAAUGAUCCUCAACCACAGCAAUAUUCCAUAACAGGAGGAGUCUUUGUCACAUUCGCUGGAAUUACCAUGUUCAUUGAUUUGUGUCUGUAAAUCUGCCUCUACCCUUUAAAUUUGAUCUAUAAUUGGACCUCCUUAAAUGGUACAGAUAAGAUAAUCUGUAUUUUCUCAGCAAUGUCACUAUCAGCGUCUCCCUUUUCAUUAUACAUUCAGCAGACUUAAUAAAAUCAGCAGGACACCUCCUUUGAAAACUCUUUAAUCGCUGCCUUUUUCUUUACUAAACCAUUGAGGUGGUCAAGUGAUGUAUACAAAUCAUUUUAAAUGGAAAAUAUGGCUUUCUGGGUGACCCAGCUAAACAGAUAGUGGUAUGCAAAACAAGUUAAAAAGUAAUAAAUGCCAAAAAAAUCUAAUUGGUAUAAAAAAAUUGUCGCUAACUUUAUUCCGUCUCCAAAAGCAGAUCAUCCUGAAAUACUGUCUGGGCUGCACUGAAACAUGAUGAUGAUGUCUAUGCAGGGAAGAUUCACAUUCUCUUCUGAACAAAGCUUAUUUAAGAUUGCCAAAUAGUUCAUAGCCGCUCUUUGCAUGGACUUGUAAUGCCUGGAGCUGACAUCGGAAGGGGGGUUCUUCUGUUAGUAUUUUUGUAGGACAGCUCUUGAAAUCGCCAAAUGUGUGUGUUUAAACCUUUGUGUGUGAUUCAUGUUUGCCACUCUGGUGUGCUCUGCCUUACUGUUUUAUAGUGCAAACUAGAAACAAUCCAGAAACCAAUAAAAUAAAACACAAUUGAACUGGGGUAGAUGAGACUGAAUGGCCACCCGGAUUCCUAUAUCUUUCUGUGCAUGUGCUAAACCAACCCACUGAAAUAAUUUGUUCCUUUCAGCUGAUCCAAAUGAUUUUAAAGCCCUAGUCUGCCUCUUCUCAGAGCUUCUGGCUUGGUCAUACGUGGCUCAGUAUAUAUUUUUCUAGAAAAUAUCUCAGCUGUUCUAGAAAUGCUGCCCCAAUCUAUAAAAAAAAACAACUCCAGGAUUUAGAGGGGUGCUUCUGGUGCUUCUAAAGGCUUGGUCAUACCCAGUAGGAUUUUUUUAUUUGCCUUGAACAGCAGGACCACCCACCACCCUCUCUGCCAUACCACACCACUAUUCACUUUUGAUAUUGAGAAUAUUUUCAAAAGCAUUUGGGAAGGGGGCUGGGCUUCAAGAAAUAAAAGCUGAACGUGCUCCCACUAAACCCUGGUACAGCUUCCGCAGGGAGCUUAGUAUGAGUUAUCUAUAUCUAUAUAUCUAUAUAUGUAUAUAUAUGUAUAUAUAUAUAUAUAUAUAUAUAUUAGAUUUUCCAAUUUAACAAUCCAAUCAAAUCACAUUAAAUAUUCCAAACUAUACAUAUACAUAUCAAAUAAUCCAAAUAUUCUGCCAAAUUAUAAUUUUUUUAUUAUUGGGACUUCCCAUGCUUUGGUGCCGGAGGAGACUCUUGAGAGUCCCAUGGACUGCAAGAAGAUCAAACCUAUCCAUUCUUAAGGAAAUCAGCCCUGAGUGCUCACUGGAAGGACAGAUCGUGAAGCUGAGGCUCCAAUACUUUGGCCACCUCAUGAGAAGAGAAGACUCCCUGGCAAAGACCCUGAUGUUGGGAAAGAUGGAGGGCACAAGGAGAAGGGGACGACAGAGGACGAGUUGGUUGGACAGUGUUCUCGAAGCUACGAACAUGAGUUUGACCAAACUGCAGGAGGCAGUGGAAGACAGGAGUGCCUGGUGUGCUCUGGUCCAUGGGGUCACGAAGAGUCAGACACGACUAAACAACAACAACAACAAAUGCUUGAGUUCGGGGGGGGGGCGCUCUGAUCAUCUCAUGUUUCUGCUGCUUUUGCCAGUCAUUUCUAAUAGUUCCUUUAAAUCUUGCUGUUGUUUUCCUUCUUUCACUGUCUCCAAGUUGUUUCCACAGGUGAGUUGAAAUAAAAUCGUAUGUUUCUGUGUGGAUUUAAUUGUGUGAUACCCCUCUGUCCAUGCAACAUCUCCUCACCCACUGGUAUUUCUGCCGAAUCAAUCCAAAAAUAUUUUCGCUGCUGGCAGCCGCUAUCUUCUCUCAGUUCCAAUGAAACAAUUCUUGGCGUCUGCUCAUUAAUUUUCCCAGACCGGUUGCAUCAAACAUUAGCCUUUCCAGGGGAGAUUUACCAAAUCAUGCUUGAAAUACAAAUAUAAUGACAUAUUAAGAGCUCACCUCCCCCUAUGACUAUUUAUAACUCUGCAGCUCGGUCUUAUUCCAUCAUGGCGGAUUUCCAAAUUAAAACUGUGUCAUCACUCCUUCGACUCAUUCUAGGAAACGGUCCAAAAAUUUUUAACAUCUCUCCAGCAGCUAAUGAGAUCCUGCUUCUGUCUAACAUCAACAAUUGGGGAAUCUUUUAUCUUCUUCCAGACAAUUCAAAGAUCAAAAUCUUUAAUUAUAUAAUAUUGUUAUUUCCACACAGUUUAUAGUUUAAAGCCAUAUUUAUAUCAACGAAUAUAAACUUUUCAUUCUCGCUUGCUAUAAAUGAUGUAAAUGAUUUUUCUGGGUUUUUUUGCCAAGUAUUAUAAUAAAUCUGAGUCCUAUAGUAGAAAAAGCUUUACCCCCCCCCCAUUUCCAUUCCAUUCCAACAUACCAGCUUAGAUGUUAUCCUUCCACUCUGUCUCUUUAGGGACCUCAGUGGCUGGCUUAAUUGGCAGAUUAAUUUCCCCAUCCUCGCUCAAAGCAUGUGCAAAACAUAAAUCCAAUUUUUUUAUCUUAAGAAAUGGAACUUGGGCGCUCCUGGGGACAGCGUCCGGGAGAUCCAGACUCCCUCGGGGGCUUUCCAUCCAGUGCCCCCACCCCCUCCUUCUUUACAAACUUGGGGGUUGUUAGUGGGCAUCUGCGGAUGAGACUGCAUCUUCCCAUCUUGGUAUGAGUUAUCAACCUGCUUUUCCCCCUUGCCUUUCUUCAGAGUAAGGCUCUGUUUGUUAUUGAGCUUGAAUAAGAGAUGCUGCUCUAAAGUAGCAAAACAAAUGUACAGUCCUACCUCGGGUUGAAUGUGCUUCAGGUUGAGCGCGUUCGGGUUGCGCUCCGUGGCAACCCGGAAGUAACAGAGUGCGUUACUUCCGGGUUUCGCCGCAUGCUCAGACGCUCAAAAUGAUGUCACGAGCAUGCGCGAAAGCGGCAAAACGCGGCACACGCCGUCGCGUCUUACGUUCCAUUCAGGAUGCGAACAGGGCUCCAGAACGGAUCCCUUUCACAUCCUGAGGUACCACUGUAUAGGAAUGUAAAUGAGUAUUUGUAAAGUUCUUGUCUCAUCGUUGCCUUUUCUGUUCUGUCAUUUGAAAACCAUAAUGGUGUAUUGGACGUAACAUUAGUGAAAAUUAAAAUGAAAACUGUCUCUUUUCAGGUUCAGGUUCAUUGGCAGCUAUGGCAGUUUUUGAAGACAAAUUCAAGCCUGACAUGGAGGUAAACAUUCUCUCUGCCUCCUGUACUCCCACUGUUUAUUUGUGUAAUUGUGAUAGUAGCAUAGUGUGAUUUGUAGGAUGGGGUUGCUUAUUAGUCUUUAAUCCUUUGAAUGAUCUUUAAUGGUUGGUUUUCAGUUACAGCAAUGCCACAACAGUCUGAAGAGUCACUUUGUUGUCUUCUGUGGGGAUUAUCCAAAGUAUUGUUUCUGUGCUAAUAAAUAUGCUAAUAAAUAUGCACAAAACUUGAGUUAGACACAAAACUGUAAAAUGUGUUUACCUAUGUUCUCAUGGAAAAAUCAGUACAAGUCUGACACCUGUGCCUUGUGGAUGUAAUUGCAUGAAUUCUGCAGGAUGUGUUAAACACGUAACUGAUGUUUCCUCAAAUGCUGGUGUUUCCAGAUAUUUUGUGCCUGGCUCUUUACGAUAUGAGUGCAAAAGUGAAACGUAUGGGUGAUUAUUGGGUCUGUAAUCUGAAAACAAGAUCAUGGCCACUGGUCCCAUCACCUCCUGGCAAAUAGAAGGGCAAGAAAUGGAGGCAGUGAGAGAUUUUACUUCCUUGGGCUCCAUGAGCACUGCAGAUGGUGACAGCAGUCACGAAAUUAAAAGACGCCUGCUCCUUGGGAGAAGAGCAAUGACAAACCUAGACAGCAUCUUAAAAAGCAGAGACAUCACCUUGCCAACAAAGGUCCGUAUAGUUAAAGCUAUGGUUUUCCCAGUAGUGAUGUAUGAAAGUGAGAGUUGGACCAUAAAGAAGGCUGAUCGCUGAAGAAUGGAUGCUUUUGAAUUAUGGUGCUGGAGGAGACUCUUGAGAGUCCCAUGGACUGCAAGAAGAUCAAACCUAUCCAUUCUGAAGGAAAUCAGCCCUGAGUGCUCACUGGAAGGACAGAUCCUGAAGCUGAGGCUCCAGUGCUUUGGCCACUUCAUGAGAAGAGAAGAUUCCCUGGAAAAGACCCUGAUGUUGGGAAAGAUGGAGGGCACAAGGAGAAGGGGACGGCAGAGGAUGAGAUGGUUGGACAGUGUUCUCGAAGCUACCAGCAUGAGUUUGACCAAACUGCAGGAAGACAGGAGUGCCUGGUGUGCUCUGGUCCAUGGGGUUACGAAGAGUCGGACACAACUAAACGACUAAACAACGCAACAGUCUGUGCAUGUUCUUCACAAAGCCACAUUCUGUGCCCUUGAGGGUUUUUUUAAGUGGAGACUGGCAUUGAAGUCACUUUUUGUGGCUUAGUGGUUCUCUACUCCCAGCUUGUCAAGGGUGAAAUCCUCAGUACUCAGUGGUACCUCGGGUUACAUACGCUUCAGGUUACAGACUCCGCUAACCCCGAAAUAGUACCUCUCGUUAAGAACUUUGCUUCAGGAUGAGAACAGAAAUCAUGCGGCAGCGGCGCGGCAGCAGCAGGAGGCCCCAUUAGCUAAAGUGGUGCUUCAUGUUAAGAACAGUUUCAGGUUAAGAACGGACCUCCAGAACGAAUUAAGUACGUAACCAGAGGUACUACUGUACCAUAUUUGUGUGUUGAAACAGCAGAAUGGCUAAAAAUGGGAGCAGAAAUAGUAUGUUUCUAGUUGCUUAAAGGCCAACCUGAUUUAAACAAUUGUCAUGUACACAACCAAGCUGCAUUUUUAAUUGGCUGCUGAAUUGAGCAUAAACAGGAAUCCAUUAAUUUUGGUUGGCCGUGGUAGCUGAUGCUACUGCCUCUGAGUGUCUGAAAACAAUGGACUUUGCUUUCUGAGUCCUUUGAAGGAAGCCCAGUACAAAGUAAUGGAAGGAAGAGCCCCUACCUGUCCCUUGCCAGAGGUGUUCGCUCUUGGAGAUUCUAUUUAUCCUCACAGAGAAGAGCAAAAUGUGACUCAGCACUCAGUUGAAGUCGACAGCUUGUCUUGGGAAAGGAAUCACCUUCAACCCAACAUUUUUACUUGAUGGGUGAUUGUAUUAAUGAGUUGGAUCUUAACUGCUUCUAUCCUGGUAAUAUCGCUACUUUAGUCACAGUGAACAUCUAGAUAGGCCAGGCUCCUGUGUCACCCUCGCAGAGUUCACAAGACUCAGAUUAGCAGGCCAGUGCUAACCCAGCAAUUCUUAGCUUUUAUUCUUGAUUGGGAAUGGAUGUGUUGAGAAUGGAGAAGACCAAUACUUUGUGUGCCUGUGGUGUCACUUGUCAAGGUGCAGAAGCAUCACAAAAGAGGGGCUGCCCCAUUUGCCCCAGGGUCUUCACACCUGACUGUACUGCCUUGGCAGUCUUUUCAUUUAUUUAUGCUUUUACUGGUUUAUUCAUUUCCAUACCACUCUUCAUCCAAAAAUCAUCACCAUUACUAUAUUAAUAAUGCUUUAGACAGAGCAGCUUGCUCUGUCCUCUGACCAGAAGAAAGAAGCAAGUUUCCAUUUUGAAACAGCUUAUAACCACAUUUAUAUGGAAGAAUUGAAGUGAGGAUCCCCUCCAGUCUUGCCACAUUCAUUCUCCUUCAUCUUUCAACCAGGGAACAUGCCCCUCCCUAGUUGAAAAAAAACAAAUGUUUUAUUGGCUAAUCUGGUUUUAUGGGAGGGAGAGAAUUGUAUCCUGCUCUGACUACUGUAGAUAGCAUGGACUACCAAGUGCAUGUGGGUUUGGAUGGCAAAAAGGCUUUAAUUCUGUUUGUGUGUGUGCUUUUCUAACUAUGAAGGGAGGCUCUAUCUUGGUCAGAAUGAAGUAUCCCUUUUUAGAUGGGUGUUCUCUAGCACAAAUUCUUGGAAGGUUUAGUAGCAUAACAGGUUGCAUGAUGACAGCUCCUGUGAAAAGACUGAACAAUAUUUGGUAAAUCUCUGUACCACUCAAAUGUGUUAAUGUUGAAUUGGUCAACUGCUGAUGCACAUGCAGUGAAAAUAACUUUAAAAAUCUUGGUGCCAUGGUCAUUAAAAUGUGUAGAAAAUUAAUAUUUUUUCUGUCAAGAUUAAUGCAGCUCCUUUGUUUGCUAAUUGUCAGAAUAUCUUGAUAGAGCUUUUAAAGGGCAGUGGUGUUCUUCAAGACCAUCACAUCACUGAUAAAUUAUUCAAAGGCAAACUGUCCUGCACCCUCUGGUAUCAACUUGCAAAUUAGCAUCUGGAAUCCAAACAAGCUUAAUGAAAUCAGCAGCUGAAUAUUCUGUGCUACUGAAGCUGUUCACCAAAAGCAUUGAUCAUUUGAUCAGCCCCACUAAUGAAGCCAGGUCACUGCUCCUGAGUGUCAGUCACUCAUACAGGAAGCCUAAAUGAGACUGAUGAGGCGCCAGCACCUGAUCAAGUUUGAAGUUUCGGCAGUUGUCAAAAAACAAACAAAAACUCCCAACUAUCAGCAUUGUUGUCAGCCAUUAUUCAGGCGCCUGGCCGCAAAUAAUUAUGUCAGUAAUUUCCUUCACUCUCCACAACACCCCCAUCUGAGCCUUGUUAUUUCACAUCCAUCCUGAACUACAGAUCCUGAAUCUUCCACAAUUUAAGUCCAGAAAAGCAGUCUAUUGGUCAGUCUACCCUUGCACUCUAGAGCUGUGGUUUCAAAAUGCUCUGGGAGGCAGGAGGCUGGACUGUAUCUUUCUACAGAUUUCAAAGUGCAUGUGAGAUCUGCACACAGAACCCACCAGCCACCCUCAUCCUAUUAAAGCAGAGGGGUUUCACAUUCCACUGCAGUGGGAAUGUGAAGAGAAUUGCAGACAAUGCAUUUGUCAUUUGUCAUGAUGCUAAUUUGCAAGUUGAUACCAGAGGGUGCAGGACAGUUUGCCUUUGAAUAAUUUAUCUGUGAUGUGAUGGUCUUGAAGAACACCACUGCCCUUUAAAAGCUCUAUCAAGAUAUUCUGACAAUUAGCAAACAAAGGAGCUGCAUUAAUCUUGACAGUAAAAAUAUUAAUUUUCUACACAUUUUAGUGACCAUGGCACCAAGAUUUUUAAAGUUAUUUUCACUGCAUGUGCAUCAGCAGUUGACCAAUUCAACAUUAACACAUUUGAGUGUUUGUUUACAAUUUAUUUUUAGAUGUUUACAAUGUGCAGAAGACAAAUCAUACAGCAUGACAUUUUUGCUAAAUGCCCCAAAGACAAGGACUCUUAUAUUGAACUUUUGACCUAUGUGUCUUGUGAUUCCAUUUGGAGAUUCAUCUUCUUUUUUCAACUUUAUUGUUAUGUCAGAAAAGGUAGGUUUGCAUGGUGCGUGGCGUGGCUGAAGUAGUAAUGUUUCCUUGCUUCUCUGAAAAGCUCCUACCUGCAGUAACCCGUUGCAGAGCACCUGUGUUCUUGUAAAAUGUAGUUAACAGAACAGCCUGAAGGUUUGCUGUGCCAGAAUGUGAGCCAAGGAUAAGCUGUAGCAGCACACAUGUUGAUGGUCAAGGCCCAGCAUUACUGCCAGGAAGUCUCAUCCAUGCAUGCAGAGUUUAUUGUUGUGCAAAGCGCACUUCAAAUAUCAGCACCCAUACAAGGGGUGAAUUCUCGUGAUGAAACUCGAUGGCCCUUGUGGUCUCUUCCAACUCUAUGAUUCUAUGAUUCUAUAAACAACCUCUUGUUUAUUUAUUGUUGCCAAAACUUGUGUGUCUAUGGUGUCCGUCAUAGUUAUAUAGGCAACCUAGACAACACCCCCCCCCCCACUCCUAGAUGUUAAAAUUCUCAAACAGAGUGGGGGACCCAUGACCUCAUAAUUUCUCUUGCCUUGAGAUCUGGAAGAUUACUGUGUGGUUACGUCACCUGUUUGAUUUCCUGCCUCAUUGAAGCAAACAUUCACAUGGCAUUUGGUCUGUAACAUGGAAAGCUACCACCUUUCAGUUCCCCGUGUGGAACUGGGAAGUUGUGAAUCUUUUGUGUUCCUAAUGCUUUUACUCCUUGCUGCUGAAUGGUAACUAGAACAGCCUGGCUACUGCAUUAGGAAAAUCACCAGUGAGGUAAAAUGCUUCACAAAUGUACACAGCUUGCUGUAGCAUUGUAUGCUGGAGGCCGGGUUAGGGUCACUUCAUCCAGCUAUUUCUGGAUGCAAGGAAGAAAUUGCUUAAUUGGGUGAAGGUCAGUACAGGAGUAAAUCUAGUCAGCUUGGCUAAAGUGGUGCCCAUUUUGAAAAUUAUUUGUAUGGCAGCAUAAGCUUCUGUGCUGCAUUAUUUUUUAUGGGUCCUUCAAUGAAUCAGUUCAUGAACAAGUUUGACCUUUUAUUAUGUAACUCACUAAAUUAAUAUGAGAGUGUAUAUCUUGUACUGAGAUUUUUUUUAUACCCAUCACUGCUUUUAAAUUAAUACAGCUGAGGUACUGUGCGCAAAAUAAGUUUUCAGUGCUAUCCUAUGAAUGUUGAUUUGGAAGUAAGUCCCACCAAGCUCACUUGGAUUCCUGGGUAAAUAAAUGCACCUUGGAUCACCACCUUUCCAUGGAUGCUAGAUGAUUCCGUGUGUUGUGGGGUGGGGGAGGAAGGGAAACUUGUGGCCCUCCAGAUGUUGUUGGACUUCUACCAGCCCCAGCCAGCAUGGGGCAGUAGUUAUGGAUGAUGGAAGCUUUAGUCCAACAUCUAAAGGGCCCCUGCUGUAGGAAAUUGUCUCUUUAAUUUUAGCAACUAGAGACUUUGUGUAUGUGGGGUGACCUCACAUUGAUUUCCUCUGCCCCUGGUCUCCUGCCUUUGUGAUAGCAGACAGCAGUGUUCUCCAGUUACAAAACUUGUGUUUCUUAAUGACUUAGGAACUUGUGUGAAAAGCAUUGGAUGGAGUGGAGAACUGGCACCACAAAUUGGGUGCUCUAUACUCUUCCAUCUGCAAAUCAGUGAAGUGACCAAGGCACUUACAUGUAAAACAAAUGUGGAAAUGUUGUGUGCUGGGGAUGGGGAAGGGGAGAAACAGACCUGACUUUGGGACUCUUGCCACUGCUGUCGGAGAGGGAGGUAAUCUAUCAGUUUUGGAGCAUCUACAAAAUGCAACUCUCCUGACAACGGGUUUAAAGUAAAGAUUUAAUACCAUCCUCUCUCUACUAUGAUGUUGCAGUGACAGUUUAAAACUCAUUCUCUAAAUCUCAGCAGACUUUACAGCCAGCAGUGGGCCAAUAUAGAGUUUAAUGGCAUUACAGCACAUAAAUCAUCUUUUAAAGAUGCUACCAGUAGCUCCAAAAUUAAAUGCAGACAAUGUCCUCAGUUAUAAAUAAUUUAUCAAACACCAUUUCGGAUGAGCCUUCAUGCUGAGUUAUUUAUUUUAGCCUUUACUGUUCAAUUCCUCAGAUACGUUUUGAGAGAUCCAUUACUGGUCAGUUUAAUGAACUGGGGGUCUGCUGUGCCCCCCUCCAGCAGUUUGGCACAUCUGUGGUGACCAUUACAUGGCUGGUCCAGACCUCUUUGUGCCUUUUACAAGUGCUGCCCAUUUGUCAUGUGGCGGUAAAUGGAGGAGCACAUUGGAGCCUUGGGACCCAUUGCGUGAUGCAGCAAUGGAGGCAAGCCGAGCGCUCCAUAAAGGGCUGCUUGUCACAGCUGACUUGUAUUACAGUCCAUCACUCUUACUGUAAUCUCAUUUAAGGAGCAGCCGUGGGCCCCAGAGAAGAAUAUUCCCAGUUAGCUUGGGCUUUGUAACCAUAAAGGAGGAAGUGCUCCUUUUAUAUACUCAGAACUUUUAGGGUACUUUUUUAGAUUAAUUAUUGCCCUGCGUCAUUUGUGCUACCAUCGUUAAGACUGCGACUGUCAGCACAUUCAGUAUACACCUCUGUUUUGCAGCUUUAAGAACUUCAUUCGGUGGUAGAAAUUAGCAUAUGUGGCAUGUAUGCAGGGCCAGUUUUUCCUGAGCAAUGUUUCACAAUGCCAUUCUUGAGCAAAAACAAUAUUCCACUCGUAUGCAACUGUUUUUUAAUUAAUAGGAUUUAAUAAAAUGGAUGUUAAAAAUGUUACAUGGGCCUGAUGGUGGUAGGUGGUACUUGAUUUGGUAAAAUGGAGUUUGGUUUUGUCAGUUUAAACGUGUAAAAUGGCUUUGAAAGCAUGGUAAAAUAGUGUUGAAUUUGGCACAGAGCAGACAAGCAGCUGUAUUUUCAGUCUGAGGAAGAAUGCCUCUGUUUUUCUGGUAGUAUCAAGUAUUAUGUUUGCUUAUUUCAGUACAUCUUUUUUCUUUCUAAACUGAGGAAUGUCGCUGAGAUAGGGUCACAUGAACAUGUCUGAGGCUUGUCCAAGGACUCGUAUUUGAUGACAAAAAUCCCGGAAGCCCAUCUUUCACAGGGGGGUGGUUUCUGCUUUUAAUUCUGAACCAGGACAAAGCUUAGGUUGAGUGUGUUCUGAACAGUAAUUUUGUUCAGUGGAAGCAAAUGAGGCAAGCAGAAUGCAGACCUCUCUGCCUGUGUCACAACUGAGCUGUGAGACUCUUGGGGGCCUCUGCAGAAAGCACCAUAUAUGGAUAAUGAUGCUGGACUGCAACUCCCAGCAGCUGUUGAACACAUCCAAAAAUAUCUGAAGGACCACAAAUUACUCAUCCCUUAGAUCAAAAUUCCCUCCUUCCCCUGCUUGCUUUUCCAAGUGGAUUUUGGUUUGGAUGUUCUCUUCCUUGGAAUAGUUACAGCAUUUAUGGAUACACUUCAUUGCUUAUUUGAAUUGAGCAAUAUUUCCAGUUGCACAGGUUCUACCAAAAAGAUCUUGGGCCUUUCAAACAGAUCCUGUCCUGCAUUUGGUUUCUAUGGAAGUUUUGCUUCAGGAGAUGAUUACUCCAAUGGAGGCUGAUGGCUGGCAUUGUGCAAUUGCUUGGAAAUAUGGGAAGGGGGGGCAAAUGUCUGAUACCCACUUUGAAUUUUUUUCCUAGGAGGAAGAAGCCAAACAGCUUGUGAGAGACGCCAUAGCAGCUGGCAUAUACAACGAUCUGGGCUCUGGCAGUAACAUUGAUAUUUGCAUCCUCAGUAAGAACAAGCUGGACUUUCUCCGUCCCUACGAUAUGCCCAACAAAAAAGGGGAAAGGUGAGCGUGUCCCUGUUUAAAUUGUUUCCACAGACAAGAGAGUUAAACCUUCAGGUACCAGGAACAGGCAGAUUAUGCCUUCAGAGUGCAAACACUUGUAAUUGAAAUGUUACAGGUAAUCGUAUCCCAAUUGUUGAGGCUGCACACUGUUCUAGCUUAGAUAAUUAAAACACACUCUUGAAAAAUAAAUGCAACAAGAAUUGUUCUGCCUGAAGUAGUUGUCAGCCUAAGAGAAAGUCUGCUAGUUCCAAAAGUGGAGUGAGUUCAUUUUAAUAGGAACGAAGGGUUUUUUCGAGAGAAAUGCACAAAGACUCCUGGAUAAACUUAGCGGUUAUGGAAUAUGAAGAGAGGCCCUCCUGCACAUCAGAAAUGGUUAGAUAGCCGGAAGCCAAGAGAGUAGAAAUACAGGUGGCUCCCCAUUUAUGUGGGAGUUCCAUUCUGGGCCCCUGCACACAUACGCAAAAUUGCAUAAAAUGGGGAGCACCUGGUGGCUUGUGAGGAGACCAACCCCAGAGCCAAAAGACAACCUUUUCAGGAGGGUUUACUCAUGAAUGAGCCUGAAGGGUGGCAUCAGGGCUUUGUUGAGCUACUCGGCCUCCCUGCCUGGCAGCUGCAGUUGCCUCUUCCCAGCGCAUCAGCUGAGCAAGCCCUGCCACCCCCUGGCUUGUGAGUAGAACCUCCCCAGAGCCCUGGGGUGGGUGUCCUUGUGAGCCAGGAUUCACGCUGCUCCCCAUUUCCAGAUACCUCUUCUGGGUCCCUGGCACCACACGUGUGUGCAGUCAUGCACAAAUAGAUUGCACAUAAAUGGGGACUUGCUUAUAAAUUGACAGUUCUCCAUAUGAAAAGAAUGUGGGGCUGUAGAAAGCGGAGACCUCCAAGGAUCAGUAUUGAGACCUGUGCUUUUUAACUUGUUUAUAAACUAUCUUUGCUUCGGGGUAAGCAGUGAGGUGGCCAAAUUUGCUGAUGAUACUAAAUUGUUCAGGUUUGUUAAAACAAUUUGAGACUGUGAAGAGCUCCAAAGGACCUCUCCAAACUGAGUGAAAGGGAGGCAAAGGAGCAAAGGCAGUUGAGUGUAAAUAAGUGUAAAGUGAUGUAUUUUGUGGCAAUUUUUUUUAAAAUUUCACAUAUACACUCAUAGGGUCUGAACUGGCAGUGACUGAUCAGGAAUGAGACCUUGGGUUUGUAGUCGAUAGCUCAAUGAAGAUGUUGACUCUGUGUGUGGCAGCUGUGAAAAAGGCAAAUUCCGUGCUAGGGAUCAUUAGGAAAAGAAUUUAAAAUAAAACUGCCAACAUCAUUGUGUCAUUAUACCAAUCUAUGGUGGAACUGCCUUUGAAAUACUAUAAACGGCUCUGGUCCCCUCACCUUAAAAGGGUAGAGUUGGAAAAAGUUGAGAAACGUGCAACCAAAAUGAUCAAGGUGGAGUAACAGGUUGAUAUCUUUGAGACUUUUAAGUUCACAGGAAAGGCAAGCAAGAGGUGACCUGAUAGAUGUUUAUAAAAUUAUGCAUGACAUAAAGUGGCUAGGGAGGUUUUCUCCCUCAACAACAACAGAACUCAUAGACAUGCAAUGAAGCUGAAUGUUGGAAGAAUCAGGAUAUAUAAAGUACUUCAUGCAGCACAUAGUUAAACUAUGGAACAUGCUCCCACAGGAGGCAGUGAUUACUUUAAGAGAGGUUAAGGCUACCAGGAGCUACUAACCAAGAUGCCUGUGUUCUACCUUCACUGUCAGAAGCAGUAUGCUUUGGAAUACAAGUUGCUGGUAAUGGCAGGUGGGCAGAGUGCAGUUUUGCUCAUGUUCUGCUUAUGGGCUUCCUCCAUGUAUCUGGUUGGCCACUGUGAGAAGAGGAUGCUAGACUGGGUGGGCAAUUGGCCUGAUCCAGGAGGCUGUUCUUAUGUUCUUAAAGUGCAAUUGUCCAGCGCAAAUAGUAUGGUGUGAAAAGGCAGUAGCUGGGGUUGUGACCCUUUAGGGAGACCAGUAUUCCCUGUACAUCUGCUGUGUCUUUGCCAAGGACAUGGCUGUUUCAAAGUAGGGAAGAGUAAGAACUUUCAAUUUUUGUUUGCAAGGGAAUAGCCACUUUGCUGUGCAGUUUUCCAUUCUGUUCCGUGCACCAGGUUAUUCUUGGAGUUGCACUAGGAUGUGGGCAAUAACAAGAACUGCGUCAUUUUGCAUGGCAGCAGCUAUUUACUUCUUUCAAAGACUAGAAAGGACCAUUUGGGAACAUACUACUUACCAACCUUGAAAAAGGAUCCUGUCUUUGCAGGAGCCACUUUCCCUGUGCUUGUAACCUUCUGUAAAAAGAAAAGGCUUAUUGUAAUCAGCUUUCUGGGUCACUGUCCUAAUGCAAUCCACAACUCCCAGAAAGGUCACCUGGGGUUUCCACUCAUAGCCUCCAACUGGGCUAACUGGCGGCACUGACAUUCUCUGUCCAGGAGAGGUUCUUCAAAAGCCAUAGUGCAAGAGGGAUAUGGGUUACAAAUACAGAAUGAGGUGCUCUUGGCAGGGGUCGAAGCUCUAACUUGACUUUCUGCUCCAAAAUGGAGUCUUCCUUUCCAAUAACUUUGUCUUAGAAUGUAUUCACAUGCAGCAUUAAACAGUUGUAUUUUAAUCUAUGUGUACAGAUGCCUCCCUCUUGGCCCAUGUCUAACUGCCCUGCAGCAGAGGAAAUAAGCUGGAGUCUGGCUUGUUGUGACUUGUAACUCAGGGCCUUGUGGUUUGUUUCCUCUGUGUGGUAGUCAGAAGUGGGUGAUUAACUUGCUGUGUUCUAUUUGGGAAAAGGGCAACUUUACUCAGUACAGCAACUAGAUCUAAGUAUAUAUCUCAAUCUCCAUCUGCCCCCCUUGUUAGUGGGAUUUCUGGCAGACACACAUUACUCUCUGUAAUUGCUUCUCUAUUCUCCCCCUCCACCCUCAAACAGGCAAGGGCGAUACAGCUGUGAGAGGGGAACUACAGGUGUGCUCUAUACGAAAGUUACACCCUUGGAUCUUGAAGUGGCAGAUGAGACAGUGCAAACAAUGGAUACAUCUUGACUUACUGGGAACUUCUGGGCAGUGGAAGAGGAUUGAGAAUUUUCAUACCUGAAUUCUGCAUCUGUAUGCUGGCAUUAAUGUUCUGUAUGCAGAUUUAAUAAAAACCAAUAUGAAUUGA